UCGUGAUGAUUGUCUCUAGCAUAGGGUUGGGGGAUCCAAACAGUGAACGAUCAGAAGAAGCUUGGAAUCUUCGAUGCUGCCUGCCUGUUGUUGUUCUCCAUUACUUUCGAAUAAACCCUCUCUUCUCCUUCUUAAUCCCCCUUAGCUUUCCAACAAUAACCUUUUCUUGCUCCAAACAACCCUUUUUCCCUUCUGUUCCCUCAUGAAACUUCUUCUUUUACUUAUUUUCUUCUCUCUCGUCUCGCUAAUCGUGGUAUGCUUCAGCUUCAGCCUCACCCGUGACGGUGAUGCACACACGCCCCAAAGCUCCCAACUUAGGCUUUUGAAACAUCACGAUGAAGAACACGUCAAGGGACUUGAUCGAGCCCCAGCUCGAUCCCUUCUAUCUCUUCCACCUAAGAAAACACGGACCGCACUGAUUGCCACCCUAGAUGGAACUAUGCAUUUGGUGGAGAGACAAGAGACUGGUUCCAUAAGGAGGGUGAUAUGGUCAUUCCCAACAGGCGCGCCAAUCUACCGUUCGUAUCGAGCUCCUAUCAACAAGGAUAAUGUUAAAGAAAAUGCAUCUGCAGCAAUAAUCAGCGGCUUCAUGGAAUGCGGGGAUGACUGGGCAUUGUACAUGCACGACAAGCACUUUGGUAAAACGAAAAUCUCAAAAUCUAUUGCAGAAUAUGUAGCUCAUAUGCCUACCUUUUCAGAUGAUGGAGCAGUUACACUUGGAUCCAAAAGAAGCACUUUGUUUGAAGUUGAUGCUAGAACUGGAAGUAUCAUUCAAAUCCACGCUAUGUCUGAUCUUGAUAAUGCUUCCGCACCUUGGAGUGAUGACAGACAGAGUGUUACAAAUAUCUUAAGUUCAAAGAAUAAGGAUAUUGAUGAUCCUGCAAAGUUAAAUUCACCAGCAUUGCUGCUCAAGAUUUUUAGGACAGAUUAUUCUCUAAAAUCUGUUGGUCCUAGCUCAGGAAAAGUUUUGUGGACUAUGGCGGUAGCUGAAUUUGAUGCUGUAUUAUUAUGCCAACAUUCCUCAAUUGAUGUAGAGGAUGAGUAUGCUUCUGAUAGUGGCCUCAAUUUUGCGAUGCCAUACCCAUGUCAAGAGAUACAACAAGUCUUCCGCCUGAAAAAGAAUUUUCUGUUAGAGCCUUCAAUCACUGAAGGGGCUUAUCAUGAAAAUGAUAUGUUUUCAAUGCCUGCCUCAGAUCCGAUGCUUCCUUUGCCACCUAAUAUUGAUACAUUUUUCAAUGGUCAUGAUAGUAAUGAUAAUGCAGAUGUGCUCCCUCAGCCUCUUGUAGAGAACACUACAUCAGGGGAACUUUAUCUGAACUGGACGAGUGAAUGGUUGACUCCAUUACCUCUAUUGUUUAUGCUCUUUCUUUUGGGCUUUUCAUUCUUUUACUAUUAUCGAACGAUUAAAAAUCAAGUUACACUGAAGGACCAAAACAAAGAGUCUGAAUUAAAAAGUUCACUUGCUAAGAAAAAGAAAGCACGUAAGUCAGGAAAGAACAAUGGCAUUGUUGACAAAAGGGAAAAACAAAUGUCUUCAGAAGAUGAGGAUGUUCUGACACAAAAGGAGACUGAUACAGAAGUGUGGCAGCUCUUUAAUCAAGUUGAAGAAGGUGUUGAUGGACGAAGGAUUGGUAAAUUAUUUGUUUCAAAUAAAGAAAUUGCUAAGGGAAGCAAUGGGACCAUUGUCCUUGAGGGAAUAUAUGAGGGUCGGGCAGUUGCUGUAAAACGUCUUGUCAAGGCUCAUAAUGAUAUAGCUUAUAAGGAAAUCCAAAACCUCAUUGUGUCCGACCGUCAUCCAAACAUUGUUAGAUGGCAUGGGGUGGAAUAUGAUCAAGAUUUUGUUUACCUUGCUCUAGAACGUUGCACAUGCAACUUAGAUGAUUUGAUUCAAAUGUAUUCAGAUAUAUCAGAAAACCCGGUGUUUAGGAAGGACCUAGCUUUCAGAUCUCGGAUAAAGGUCCAAAUUGAGACAGGGAAGGAUAAUAUACAAUAUCUUUGGAAACCAAAUGGCUAUCCAUCACCUCUAUUACUGAAACUGAUGAGGGAUGUUGUCUCUGGAGUUGUUCAUUUGCAUGAACUAGGAAUAAUACAUCGAGAUUUAAAACCCCAAAAUGUUCUCAUAAUCAAGGAAAGAUCCUUAUGUGCAAAGCUUUCGGAUAUGGGCAUUAGCAAACGCCUUCUUCAAGAUAUGUCUUCGUUGGGUCAUAAUGCUACAGGUGGUGGCAGUUCAGGUUGGCAAGCACCCGAACAGCUUGUUCAAGGACGCCAAACACGGGCUGUUGAUUUAUUUAGUUUAGGUUGUGUCCUCUUUUUCUGCAUGACUGGGGGAAGACAUCCGUUUGGUCAACGUCUUGAACGUGAUGUCAAUAUUGUGAACAAUAAAAUGGAUCUUUUCUUAUUAGAGUUCAUUCCUGAAGCUGAGGAUCUUAUUACUCAUUUACUAAACCCUGACCCUAAUCUAAGGCCAAAGGCAAUUGAAGUAUUGCAUCAUCCUUUUUUCUGGAGUUCCGAGAUGAGACUUUCAUUUUUACGUGACACCAGUGACAGGGUGGAACUGGAAGAUAGAGACACUGAUUGUGAUCUUUUGAAGGCGCUAGAAAGCAUUGCCAAUGUGGCCUUAGGUGGAAAAUGGGAUGAAAGAAUGGAACCAGCUUUCAUUGCUAACAUUGGUUAUUACCGGCGAUAUAAAUUUGAGAGUGUUCGAGACUUAUUGCGGGUUAUGAGAAACAAGCUAAAUCAUUACAGAGAAUUGCCUCAAGAAAUCCAGGAACUUGUAGGACCUAUUCCUGAAGGAUUCAAUGACUACUUUGCAAGUCGAUUCCCAAGACUCUUUAUUGAAGUGUAUAAAGUUAUAUGCAAAUAUUGCAAGGAGGAAGACUGUUUUGAAAGAUAUUUUAAAAAUGUUGAUUAGCACUUUACCCCCUAGUUGGAUGGCUUGAGAAUAUAUCAAAAGGGAAAGACUGGUCCAGAAAUGAAACAGAUUAUGUUGAUAUUUUAUGUAAUAUAAUAUGGGAAAAACUUUUCUUAUGUUAUAUAAGAUACAUUUUAUCUCCUACACACUCUUCGAUAACUGUGCCACCUUUUUCUUUUCUUUUCUUUUAUUUUUUCAGGUGGUGG